UGUCUCCAGCCUUUUAUUUAGCCUCGGUAACAGCUGGGGCAUCGAUGUUCGAUGGUGCAUUACAGAUACAUAUGUUGAUCGUGUCUCGUUACAAGUUUUAGUCAAUAACCCCAUGCAUAUUUGGAAGAAGAAAGACGAUAUGAUGAAGUGUACUUCGAUGGACUAGGAAUUGAUACUAUUCGAAUGUCAACAACAUUUCAAAUAUGGCACUUAGAAGUGUCAUAACAGCUACAUUGCUUCUCCUCACGGCCCAUUCAGUGCUUGCAGACCACUGUGACGUCAUAGACACUUUGGACAAUCAGUGGGUGAACGUUAACAAUCUGAAGAAUGACCAUGAUGCAAGAUAUUUGUCAGAGGCCCAAGUCAGCAACAAAGAGGAAUGUCAGCAAGCUUGUUGUCAGUCAGAAAAAUGUUCUGUGGUGAUUUAUGACACUAAAGAAAACCAAUCCAAGGAAAACUGCUUCCUUCUCGAUUGUUCGCAAGAUCUCGAGUGUAUUUUUGAAAAUAAAGACGGCAUGGUGACGUAUGUAGUCGAUAAAAAACAUGAUACUCCAGUGAAAGAGGGAACACCGUCUACCAGCACACCAGGAAAACUAACAAGUUCUGGAUCCAUUCUCACGACACGGACUACACCAAAGAAUUCAACAACCGUUAAAAGCACCACACAGUUAGCUCUGGGAUCAGUGACACCGACAAAUGCGCCAUUAUUAAGUGAUGUUUCUCCGUUUAUAACUAAAACUCCAACUAAACCCCCAACAACAACAACAACACGAACAGCUACAACGCCAGCUCCACCCCCUCCAAAUACAACAAAAUCAAAAGUAUCGCCGGCAUCAGUUUUAGAGACAACAACAAACGCGACAACAAUUAGUGCAAAGCCCAAGACAACAACUGUCAAAGCUUCCGUGUCAGAGGCAAAAUCUUUUGCUGAUCAGAAUGCAACAUCUGUAAUUUUGCAAGGUCCAUCUACAACAGCAUCUGUAUCUGUAAUGAAUAAUAACACUUUAAGCAGCUCAAAUAAUGUAACCGAGAAUAUGGAACUUGAUAGAAACAAUGUAACGAGUGAGGAAUUGACAAACAAGGAAAUAAGUCAACUUCUCAACAUAACACUACCCGGACUUCAAGUCAAUGAUUCCUUAGUAAAUUCAACAAUUCCACAAAUUAAACGUCCACCAAUAUCAACACAGUCAUUUGUUCCUUUGAAUUCAUCGUCGUUGUCGUCGACUUCAUCAUCAUCAACAACAACAACAACCACAUCAUCACCUUCCUCAUCUUCCAAAUCUGUACAUGUAUCUACUUCACAACAACACAUAUCAUCUGUUAUCACUACAAAAGCAGCGAAUAUAAACGUCACAAAAACAACAACAACGACGACGACGAUGACGACAAUAUCACCGAUGUUGACAAAUAACCGAAAAUUAGAUCAAAAAAAUUCUUCUUUAGAAACAAGUAAUCCGAAUGUAAACGAUACAAUGGAACUUAAAACGGUGGCACAGGAUGAAGACAAAAAUUCUACCAGUGGUGGUCUUGAGAACAAAACAAAUCAAACAGGACCGUCCUCUGCAGUGUUAGGGGGAUUGAUAGCAUUGUUGUGUUUUGGAAUGUUUUUUAUUAUUGCUAUAGUGGUGAUUUUUGGCAAAAAAUUGUUCGAAUCCUGGCAGCGCCGACAUUACUCUCGUAUAGACUAUUUAGUAAAUGGAAUGUAUAACUAAACUAUAUUGUUGUUUAUUAAUUGUAAUAAAUUAUUGUCAUUGA